AGGUUCUCAAUAUGAUCGUUGAAGACUUGUUCCAAGGGCAUCCGAUCAGCCAACGAAAGCUCAAGGAACUUCUUGGCCACACUCCGUCCCAGGUCUUUGCUGGAGCUAUGCUUGGCAUUGUUGUUGCUUGUAUCUGUUGUCAGGGUUGCUUCGUUGCAAUCUGAUCUGCUGCUUCUUCUGCAGAUAAUUUUGUUGAAACUGUGAAUAAUUCAUGACACUCUCAUAUUUAAAGUGCCUUGGUGUUGUAUCAAUGAGUUGCAUUUUAUUCUUUGAUAUCCAAAAAUGCUGGAAUGUUGAAUUAAAAUAGAAUGGUCUUCUUCUAUGAAGUUGCAAGUUUUGGUGAUUUUCAAUGA